AUGAAUCCAAGUAUUUCAAAAAGUGAUUGCUUUAGUGAUUCGUCCUUUUCUGAAAAUAAUAAAAAUUUAAGUUACCAAAAUAAACCGGAAAAAACAAAGAAAAAAAAUAAAGGGCUUGAAUAUGAAAAUGAUAAUAAAAAUAAUACAAACAAAAUUCACGGAUCAAAAGAAUAUGAUGAAAUACAUUCGAAUAUAGAUGAUAAUAAAAGGUUGAAUAACACAAAAGCGCGAAGGAAAAUAGUUCCAAGUUUAUCACAGAAUAACAGUAAUUAUGACAAUAAAAAAAUAAAAUCCGAUUUACAUGAUAGUUCUAUCUCUAUUUCAUCAUUUAGUGUAAAUAGUAGUAAAUAUGAAGAAAAUAAAAAAGGUAGCAAAAAAAUAAAAGAGGACAAAAAUAUAACUAAUAAUAAAAAAAAAAAUAGCAAAAAAAAUUAUGAAAAUAAAGGAAAGAAAAAAAAAUACAGAAAUAGUUACAGUAUUAGUGACGAUUACAGAAGUAGUUAUAGUAUUAGUGACGAUUACAGAAAUAGUUAUAGUAUUAGUGAAGAUUAUAUAAAUAGUUUUAGUACUGAUGUAUCAAAUUUGAAACGGAAAGGAUAUAAUAAAAAGCACAAAAAAACAUUAUCUAUUAGUAGUAAUAGUUAUAUACGUUAUGAUAAUAAGAGAAAACAAAAUAACAAAAGUAAAGAUGAAUAUACAAAGAAAAUUGACAAAAAAACUGGCAAAAAAAAAGACAAAAAAAAAGACAAAAAAACUGACAAAAAAAAAGACAAAAAAACCGACAAAAAAAUAAAUGAUUAUGACAAAUUAAGUAGCAUUAGUUUGUCAAGCUUUUAUAGUGAUAAGCAAAGUGAUUAUAAUAAAUAUAAAACAAAUUCAAAAAGUAAAUCGAAGAAAAAGGAUAAAAAUAAGAGCCAUUAUACCAAUGCUGAAAAAAACACCAAACUUGAAAAGCGCGAAAAACACACAGACAAAGACAAACAUUAUGAUUUACGAAAGAAAUAUAGUGAUUCGUAUACAACCAGUAUAGAAUCCCUUAAAUCUAUCAACUUUGAAAAAAAAAAAAAAAAAUCCGAGAAAAAAUAUGAGAAAAAAAAAUACAGAAAGGAUGGAUAUAGUUCAAAAGAAAGGCAGUUUUCUACUUCUGAAGACAAUACAAAAAAUGGAGAUCGAAAAUAUCAUGAUCGAUAUUUUCGAAAUAGAGAAUUGUAUAAAUAUAAGAAAUAUGAGAAGAAAAUAAAAUAUGGGGAAAGAGAAAAAUAUGAAAACAAAUCCAGAAAUUAUAAUAAAAAUUUAAUAAAAAAAUAUGGAAAAAGAAAAUAUAGUACAAGUAGAUCUUUAUCAUAUAGUAAUAGAUAUUCAAUAGAAUCUAAAAAUUAUAAAAGAAAAAGACAAUCAUUUAGUAGCGAUAAAUUAGGAAGACCGGAUGUUUCAGAAUAUUAUAGUACACGAGAUGGUAUAAAAAAAAUUCGAAAAAAAAAAAAUCCAAAUAAUAUGAAUAUAAUAACAUCGAGUCAUAGUUUUAGUGAUUACAGUAUAAAUUAUAGAUUAAAAAGAAAUGUUUCACAAGAAAUAACUUGGAAAAAAAAUAAAAACAUUCAUAGGCAAAAUGAUAAUAUAUCAAUAAAAUAUCAAGAUAGAAAAAAAAAUUAUGAACGUGUUCAUAAUUAUAAUAAUACAAAUUUUGAAAUGCUAGGUGUGCAACUUCGUCGUAAUAAAAAUUAUAACGAACAUGAAGGUAAAAUAUUUGGAAUAACGAAAUAUGAUAAUAAUAAUAAUAAUAAUAUUUCUAGUAGAAGUAUUGAUAUUAUUGGAAUAAUAAAUCGUGAAAAAACUUGUCCAUUUCUUUUACGAUUAUUUUAUAAAACAAAUGUAGAAUAUAUUAGUGUUGACGAUAUUGACCUGAAUAUGUCAGGUACAAAUAAUAACGAAUUACAAAUAUAUGCAUGGAUAGAUAUAACAAUGCGAGAAAUUGUUACUCUUGUUAAAGAUUUUUAUGAAGAAGGAAGAAAAAGAAAUGCCCAAUGGAUUUUUAAUGGAUAUUCUUUUGAAAAAAAAAAAAUUAAUUUCCUUUCAAAAGUUCAUAGCAUUAAACAUAAUUACAAGGAGGAUAACAAAACUUUACUUUCUCUUAAUUAUGAAAUAGGAGAUAUAAUAUUAUUAUCAAUUAUGUUUGACAAAUAA